CCGGAACUUGCAGAUGAAAUUUUACAACCGAAGAGAAAACAUAUUGUGAAUCUAAUGAGAAGAAAAAUGUAUUCCAGUGGAUUAUCGUGGAUCAGUGAAUCAAGUGAAUAUUGUUUUAACAACACAUCAACGGACGCCAUCAAAAACAACGCAGGAGGUUUCAUUUGUUGUGCUUUUUGUGCCGAAUAUCAGCAAAAAUUGCUGACUACUAGUCGUGAACUUCCUAGAGCGAACAAGACUUCGGGACAAUUUCAGAUAGACAUUGUGAACGUUCAGUUCCAUUCUGUGGAUAUUUCUAAUAAUUCUUCCCAAGCAGAGAAAUUAGAUUUAAUGAAUCCGUUAUCAGCAUGGCCUAAGUUGUGAGAAUUCCUGUGUUAUUCGAUUAUGGACAUCGUGAGUUCAGCAAAAGCUGCUUUCUACGGAAGCAUAUGGCCAUCCCAUGGAGUACAAAGGGCGCGUAACUCUCGUGUGACACAUCACGUAGGCCACAGUCGCAAUAUAAACAGCCAUAAUCCCACACUAUUGCGACUCAACAAACUUGGCGAAGUUUCAUCAGAUGGAAAAUCAGCAAAUCGAGCACCAAGUAAAAACAAGAUGACUCCUAAGCUGGCUUUAACAGAUACCAGUAAUGGGAAAUCUAAAAUUCUAGAUAGUAUUAGCCCUUGGAUUUCAUUUGGGACCAGAUUAAUCAGUUCUGGAAGUGUGCCUAGCAAAAUGGGACUUUCUGACAAUAGAACUGCUGGAGGGUAUUUUAAAGUGUUGGAAGAAAUGUUUGGUGGACAUACUAGUGGGAACGCUAAGGGUGCCAUAAAUAACGCCUUGAUACCUGCAUCGUUCAAGAUGUUUCCAUUUAGUGAAACAGAAAAUAACAAAUUACCCAGUUGGAUGGAUUAUUCAUGUCAGCAAAACAUGACUAUGGGCAGUUUUAGUAAGACUCAUGUGAAGAACCUCGAGGGAGAUUUGGAUUCCCCGUGGAAUAAAUUUUACUCGCAGUGGAAAAGGUGGAACACUGCUUCAAGUAAACCAUUCUCCGAUUGUAACACUUGUGAAAAUACAACAGAAAAAAAAGGUCAGAAGAGAUUAUUUGAGGAGGCUACCAACUGUUCCACUGGUAAACUAACCAGCUGUUUUCAGGACCUCAGUCUUCAUAAUAACAUUCAACAACAGACUUUAUUACCUGAUGCAAGCCAAACAAUGGCAAUUCAGAAUGUUAAAAACCAGAAGGGUGCUUCUAACAAUUGUCAAAUUCCAACUACAAACGGAGAGAGUAAAUCUGGUCAUCAGAAUGUGGAUUAUGUGCAAAAGUUAUAUACUUGUACUGCACCAAGUACUGGUCCGUCAGAGGACAUAAUUGUGAAGGCUAGUCCUGCAGACUUCCACCAGCCAUCUGAUGCCUUUAAAUGCAAUAUGAAGGGUGACAUUUGCCAAAAUAAAUGCCCCACUUUUUCUGUUUCUUGUGGUACAUCUGGCCAAGAUACUCCCAGCACAUUGAACAGAAUCAGAAUCGGCCAGGAAAAAGGAAGUGGACUGACUUCGGGUUGCACCAAAACAUCAGAUAACAAUUUUAUGCCAUCAAAACACCAAUGCAGAAAAGCAAAACGUGGCCGUCCAUCAGCUAAAAAGCGAAGACGAAGGAAAGCCAGGCAAAAUGGUUCAUGUACCUUUAACCCAGUGUAUGCGUCUGAUGAAGCAGGCAGUCACAACCAGCAGGUUCAAAAGAAAUGCCGAUUUGAAAAGGAGGCUUCCACGGCAGGCAAAAUAAGUAAUGAUGAAAAAGACUGCGCCAGUGCAAAAGUCACAAAAUCAGCAAUGUUUCCAGUGUCAUUUAUUUUAGGUGUUAAUGAGCUGGACGAGGGAGAAUGUGCAUCUGACAGAGCAUAUAAAGUUUCUAUGGUAAUGGAUGGGGAAGAGUCUGCAUUCUCUGAGGAGGACACGGAUUAUGACUGUGAUAACUUUGACAUCUAUAGAUGUGACUUUCUGCCAUAUGAUGGUGAUCUCUUCAACCCCGUUCACUUCACAAUGUCCAUUUCUGUCAGUCCAUCCACCCCAGAUUCCAUACCUCAGUCUCCUCCGUAUCUUGACAUCAUUAAUGCUACCUGGGGAGUAUCCUGUGAUAACUCUACACUUCAAUCAAAAUCUCCCAAGAAGGUGAGCUUUGCAGCUGAAGAUAAAUUAACUACGGUACAUCCUAUGAUAGCCUGGAGCCAUGCUUACCAAUCUGCACGCAAAGGACCCUGGGAGCAGUAUGCACGAGACCGUCAGCGCUUCCAGCGGAGAGUACAGGAGGCAGAAUCCUAUCUUUCGCCAAUCCUGGAUUCUAAGCAUAGACAAAUGAUUUAUGAGAGAAUUGGAAAUAACUCUUGAUACAUUACGGUAACUGGGUGUUCGACCGUCCAUUCCAUUUGAGGGCUUUAAUGUUGAUAUUCAGAGUGUUUGUUCAAGCAGUUGCCAGACUUCAGGGAGGAUUCAGAUACUCCAAUUAGAAAGCAUAACUGUUCAGCUAUGCUUAAUUCAUAAAAUGUGUCACACCAGAUGUUGGAUUUGGCCGUUGAACUACACGUAGUAAAUAUGUCCGUUUGCUUUCCUUCAGUGGAGCUUCUGUUUAGUUUGUAUACCCUGCCAUUGUUUCAGUUCAUCUGUCACUGAUAAUGGUCGAUUAUGAUUUUACAAGUUGUAAAGAGAUUAGGGCAUUGGACCAGCAAUGUGUUGAGAUCAGUACAGUAUUACUGCACAUGCGCAAGCCUUCACGUGCAGACUGCUGCAUUAAUCUUUUAAGUCUAUGAAUUCAGCAAUGCAUUGGCUUCAAACAGCUAGUCAAGGGAGUAAUAAUUUUCCUCUUAGUGAUGUUUUAUAAUUUUUGCACUGAUUUCACGUUUUGUAUUUACCAUUUGGUGAAGGGUUUUAUUUUGCAAGUACAUACUUUUUUAACACUAAAAAGUACUAUUUUUUGUCUACCACUUCUGCCUUGGUAUUUCCAACUUCUUUUAAUUUGGCUAUCACUGUUGAUAGACAAGAUUCAGUGUUCAUUUUCUUUGUUCCUACUUUAUUCCUCUAUUAAAUGAUAUGGGAUACUUUCCUUUUUGUCUCUUCAGUCUAACUUUAGGUUAUUCCAAUACAUUUGUAGUAUAUACAUAUAAUGUUAAGUUAUCAUUUUACAUAGAUUGGAGUUGCACAUAUUAUAAAUACUUGAUUAUGUUGGCUUUGUUAUUCUUGUCCCUUCAAUUGAGUUAUAUCUAACGUAGUACUGCAAAUAUAAGCUGUCUGAGUGCGAGGUCAUUGCAAGCAUUGCAAAAUAAACCUAUUUCUGGCAUCACAAACAGUAGACUGGUACUAAUACUGUAGAAAUGUCCUGUUCUAAUGUUACAGAUGAAAUAAAAAUAUCUUGUGUAAUACAUGUUCAGAAGAGUCAUCCAGUUUCUGCUGUUUUAAUAUGAUUCUUACCUAAAUGCAUUACACAUGCAAGAAUGGUAUAAAUCAGUGAAUUAUGAUUAGCUUCUGCAUGUAAGUGAAUAGUGUGCCAAUCAGUAACUACACGCCGUAGGAAGUUUCUGUUAGUUACAAGGGUGUGUUUGCCAGAAAUUGCAGAUGUAUUAUCUCGCAUUUGAAUCUGUUCACCAGGGAAAAUUUGGAUAUCAACAAUGUAAUUACAUUGUGUUGUAAAGUGAUCAUCGAACUGUGGAAGUUCAAGUUGUCAAAAAUAUUUACAGAGAUACUCAAGAGCUCUGUCAAGGAUGAAAUCUGAGUUGACAUCUGUCUUGCUAAAGUUGGCAGAUAUGCUAAAACCCAUAACGCUGUAGUUGUGACUGUGUGAAUUGUACAACAAUAUAUACCUGUAUAUCAGCAUCCUGUCUAUGCUCAAAUCACCAUAAUAUAUUCAUUGGUCAAUUGAAUGAAAAAAUCUGGUGGGUGAUAUUUAUUUGAAUCAAUGUUGACAUUGUUAAUUUAUUGAACUGAAGGCAUAAAGAAAUUGUCACUGUUUUAUUCAACAAUUUUAUGAAUUCAGUAAAUAUAUAUUGUAAUAGACUGUA